UUCAAUUAUCAUAGCUAAGUUUUAACAAAAGAUGGGUUCCAAGGCAUUUCUGUUUCUUGGCCUUUGUUUGGCUAUUUUUAUAAUGAUAAGCUCUGAGGUUUUAGCUAGGGAGUUGUCUGAGACUUCCACCACCACAGAAGAGGACCCAAAGAAAUCCAAUAGCAAGAAUGAAGUACAUGAAGCUCAAUAUGGCGGUGGAGGAUACCCUAGCGGUGGCGGUGGAUACUCUUGCUGCGGUGGCAGAUAUCCUGGCGGGGACCGUGGUGGUGGUGAAUACAUGGGCGGCUCUAAGGCUUUGGACACUGAGGCAAUUGCCUUAGGCCCCCAAAAUUUUGAAACCCUAGAUUUAUUUGAUAUUCUAAUGGUUAUUGUUGGUAUUAUUUUUAUUAUUAUUAUGGUUAAUAUUAUUAUUAGCGCAUUGCGCGGAGAAUAUUUUGUAAUAACAAGUUUAACAACAUACCCAGUAUUAUCCCACAUCAUGGGGUCUGGGGAGGGUAGUGUGGACGCAGACCUUACCUCUAACCUGGUGGAAAAUAUUUUGUAGUAUACACUACAAGAA